AUGAUUCCUCCACGUACAGCAGCGGCCAUGGUUCGCAAGGUGGUGCGCGGGCGCGUCGAGCCGCUCGCCGCCGUCGUCUCCCCGCAGCAGGCGGCGGCGGCAGCGGCGCGCAUAUCGCGGUCGUUGGAGGAGGAGCGCGGCAACGCGGACCGCCUGUGGCGAUUCAAGCAGGAGAACGCGGAGCUCUGCACGCUCGUGCGCGCGCUACCCGACAAAACGAGCCACGCUGUCAUGGUGCGUCCCCGUGGGUUGAGUCCUCGUCCCGCACACCACGAGCUCACGGUGCUGCUGGGCAAACCACUCCUGCUGAUGGCGACUGGCAACACGCGCUGUCGCCCCACCCUCCCUCAUUCAUCCACCUUCUCUGCUCCCCUUGCUCUCCCCUCUGCUGGACGGCGGUAUCCACGCCGAGAGGCCAGCCCACCAGGUGCUGCUGGGGUUGUUCCGCAUUGGCACAAUGCUCAGUGUGCUCCACGCACUCUCCCUCCCAUGCGCCUGGGUGUGCUCAUCCCAUCCCAUCAGUUUCUAUUCGGCCGGGCACCUGAUCCACACCAAGUUACUAACCACCUCAACCUCGUGCCUGCACGCUCAGCGCGCAGGGCUCUUUGUGCCGCACUCUCUCAGGUGCCAUUCGGGAGGGCCGCCUUCUUCCCCGGUCGCCUCGUGCACACCAACGAGCUCACCCUCCUGCUGGGCGACGGGCUCUACGCUGAGCGUUCCGCCUCCCAGGCGCUGGGGGUGCUGCGGCGACGUGGCGCGAUGAUAGAGCGCCAGCUGGAGGGGUGCCAGGCGAAGGUGGAGGACCUACGUGGCGAGCUGCGAUUCGCUGAGCAGGCUGGGGCGGAUGCUGAGGUGAGAGAGGAGCGGGAAGGAGGAGGUAAUGUGAGGGCGAAUGGGGGAGGAUGGGAGGGGGAGGAGGAAAUGGAGGGAGUGGCACAACAGGAGGGGUGUGUGGAAAUCCACGAGUAUGAGGAGGAGGUGGAGGGGGGCGAGCAGGAGGAGGAGGGAGGAAAGGAGGAAGGAGCACGACGAGGGGAGGAAAAAAAUAGCGAUUCAAAGGGGGGGGCGGCAGCAGGGGAUCCGUUGAGAGUGGUUGGGAUGUCCAGAGAAGCGGAUGGUGGGGGUGGUGGUGAGGACGAGGAGGAGCGGCGCAUUGACGCCCUGUUCGCCGAGAUGGAAGCUGCUGAGGCUGCUGCUGGGGAUGAUGAUGAGGAGGAAGAGGAGGAAAGUGAAGAGGAAGAGGAGGAAGAUGAGGAUGAUGAGGGUGAGGAUGAGGAGGGUGAGGAGGAAGGGGGAGAGGAAGAGGAGGAAUGGGAGGAAGAGGAGGAAGACGAUGAGGAUGAGGAGGAAGAGGGGAGGGGGGAACAAGAGAGAAGGCCAGAAGCACCAACUGAUAGGAAGGUGAUGGAGGGCGUGUCGGCAGUGAGGAUAGGUGCAGUGGGAGGGCCGCUGGGGAAGGCGAUGGGGGGAAUAAGAGCAGCAGCGAGGCAGGGAAUCCCCCCUUCACACGAGCUAGUGCAGGGCAUGUCAGCAGUGCGGAUAGGUGUUGCAGUGGGAGGGCUGCAGGGGCAGUCGGUGGAGGGAGGCCGAGGGGAGGCGCAGCAGGGAAUCCCCCCCCCACAGGCGGAGCGGAGGGAGGUGGGCCCAUCAGCCAGUCAGCUCAAGGCGUUCUCAGGAGCUGUAGUGGAGCGAACCUCCGACUGCUCUGCCCCUCCACCACUCCCCGUCGUACCACCGGCACCAUCACCAGCGAGGCCUCUCUCGCGAUUCAAGCAGCGUCGUGCUGGUCAACUGUGA